AUGAGCCGCUGUCCUCAGAACUUCUCGUGGGUGGAGCCGGGCAGGUUGGCCGGCCUGGCGUUGCCGCGGUUACCAGAGGAGUACAGGUUCCUGGUGGAGAACAACAUCCUGGAGCUGGUGUCUCUGACAGAGAGACUUCCUCCUCAGAUCCACAGCUGCCCACAGCUGCAGCUGCACCACAUCUGCAUCCUAGACUUCACUCCUCCUUCUCCAGAACAGAUACACAGGUUCCUGGGCAUUGUGAAGGACGCCAACGCCAGAGGCACGGCGGUGGCGGUACACUGUAUGCACGGACACGGCCGGACUGGGACCAUGUUGGCCUGUUUCCUGGUCCAAACCCGGAAACUCUCCGGCAUCGACGCCAUCAACGAGAUCCGGCGCAUGAGACCAGGCUCCAUAGAGACACACGAGCAAGAGAAGGCUGUGGUGCAGUUCUACCAGAGGACCAAGUAG